AUGCCUCCUGAUAUGGUGGGCCGAGCGGCCUCGCAGGCGUCGAGUGUUGCUUCUCAGACAACCCAAUUAGUAGCACCACUCAGCCGCCCCGGUACCGCUGAUCUCAUGCGAUCACGAUCGGAAACUGUAGUAUCAAGGAACAGCCGUCGCCCACGGUCGCGAGGCUCAACGGCUAGCAUUCAUUCCACCACCACUCAACAGACCCAGGAUCAACAGAUCACAGACGGAUUCCCCCAGUUCUUGCCCACGCAGCCCACCGGUCAUAGUGUCUUCGCCAGUAACCCGGAGGAAAUCAUCAUGCGAUUCGGACAGCAGCUGUCGCACCAGGUAAACGGCGCAUCUCUCGACCCGACGCUGCAAGAGGCCCAUCAUCCCGUUAUGCCGCGCGCUGAGGAGUUCCCGGCCCAUGCAAUGCACAGUCACCAUCUAUCCCAUCACUCACUGUCGGCCGGUAUGCCGGCUCACGGCCUCUCCAUGCCGAUGCCACAGUUUGCGGCUAUGUAUGAUAGUGGGAUUGAAAACCAUGUGCCGGAGCACGUACUGGAGGACAAUGAGAAUUCCGAGGCAGGCGCAAAGAAGAAGAAAGGGUCCAGCUCCUCCCUCGCCAACGAUAACGAGCUGCGGAAACUACUACGCCAAUAUGAGGGGUUCACCCUGAAGCAGAUGGCAGCUGAGGUCCUGAAGCAUGAAGGUGCUGGCGGCAAGGCUGAAAAGGUGAAGCAGGUCUUUGCUAUGAUCUGGUUGAAGGAGAACUGCAGGAAAAGUAGCGGCUCGGUCAGACGUGAUCGCGUCUAUUGCUGUUACGCCGAGAAAUGUGGCACAGAGCGUGUCUCGGUGUUGAACCCCGCGUCAUUUGGGAAAUUGGUUCGAAUCAUCUUUCCCAACGUUCAGACGAGACGGUUGGGAGUUCGUGGUGAAUCAAAGUACCACUACGUGGAUUUGACCGUGAUCGAGGAGAAACAGCAGAAGCCCCCACCACUAAACCCCCAGUUGCCGAUGAGUGGAAAUGGUUCCACUGGUGUUACGGAUACCAAGGUCGAAGAUAUCAUGCAGAAAAGCAUCAGCGUCGCACCCCAACCACCUGCUGAUACCGCCGAAUUCCCUUCCCCCACAACAUCAUUCACCCCCAGAUUCUCGACCAAUACCUCGAAUCCAGGUUGUGGUUGUCCGAUCUCAUCUUACUCUUAUGGUGAUUCCGCCAUCACCCUGGAUAAUAUGGCAAGCCAGGCCGGCAAAAUCAUCCAUCAAAUGCUCGAUCUACCUUCAUGCGACACGCCUUCCAUCGAUAAUGAAGACCUUCACCUUCCUGAUAUACAGCAAUACCUCCCAGCAAACACGGACCCAAAGAUCGCUGCUGCCCUUGCAGCACUUUAUCGCUCACAUUGUAUUUCUGUCAUUGACAGUUUCCGAUACUGCAAGGAAAAGAACAUGCUCCGAUACUUCUCGGCCUUCCAUGGCACUCUGACAGUUCCUGUGCAGAAGCUCUUAACGCAUCCUAACCUUGCACCAUGGAUCAAGGAGUGCGAUUGGAUCAUGUAUCAGAAAAUGAUUGCGUUCGUCGCACCGCUCACCACUCAGGUGGUGCCGAAAUUGGUUUUGGAUGCUUUUUGCUCCAUUUCGCAACGGCUGACCGCCCACAUUGCGGACACAUUCAAGACUCAACCCACACAUGUUUCUCUGGCCAGACUGCUCCCAGCGCAUAUCUUCUGUAAUCUACUUAAGCAUAUGCUUGAUGUCAACCAGUCUGCCAACGCGGCUGCCGCAUGGUUGUGCCAUCCCGAUAACAGAAAUCAGAUGUGGUUCGAUUUCAAGACCUUGGUUGACCCCAAAGAAAUGAUCAUGAAAGCCAAUAUUCCCAGCUGCGCGGAGCGUGCAACCGAACAGAUAUUGAAGCACGACAUUCGAUCUCUCCUCACCCCAGUUACAGACAUCAACCCAUCCACCACUCUCCCCUUCUUCGCCAGGCCUGAUACCGAAGAAGACACCAAAGUACACAAAUUCCCCGUUGACGAGGCGACCGGCGAUGACUACAACUUCCCGGACAAGUGGAUCUCUUUCAUUCUAAAUCUUCCGGGAGCUUUCCCGCAUCACCGCACUCAGUGCAUAAUUGAGAAAGUCGAUGCUCUGUGGGAUUGCAUCCUGCGGCGACUUACCCUGGGAGGCGCUCAAAGUUUCAGCGCUUGGUGGAUGACCAAGGUCUUCUUUCAUGAAAUGAUGUUAUGGCAAGCUGAAAAGGGAGGGUUCAUGCGUUACAAGCCAAGUACUCUGCAACACGCUGGUAUGGCUGCGAACCAGCAAGGGCAGAGUGGAUUUCUCAUGAAGCCCUCAAACUUAUCGGGUCACGAGAGAAGUGACUCAAUGAUGACAACUGAUUCUCAGCUCGGAGGCGAGGCAAGAGUACGACCGACUCCUAGCUCCACGUCAACAGAGAGCAUGAGUCAAACUCAGGAUUCUCUGCGGCCCCAAGUGGAUACCGAGUCAAACCCUAAUGAUACCGAAAACGAGAAGCCUACCAAUAUUCCCGAGAGCAUUGCUGGCUUCCAUGCUCCGAAUAAUGACGAUAGCGCCAUUGAUCUUGACGACGACUCGAUGUUGAUGACCGUGGGUAAAUAUGGUGAUAUGAUGGCUUCCGACCCAGCGGAUGCUGAGGGAGACGUCGUUGUCAUAUGA